AUGCAGUCACUCCUCCAAUAUCGUCGUCUACGGCGGGAAGUGCAAGAAGAUCUGACACACGUCCAGCAGGCCGUGCGGCCCGCCGACCCGGCCCUGAGCACAUCCACAGCUGAGCCCAAGGAGGUGGUGCCCGAGGAGGAAGAGCCCAAGGAACUGACCCUAGUGUCAGGCGUCACCGUGUCGCGUCCAGACGAAGGCAACGGCAGCGUCGUCUUCGAGAAAUGGAUGGCCAUGCUGACGUGCUGUGCUAUCGCCAUUCCUCUGACAAUGCUCGCCUCGAUUGAGGGUCCCACCCAAUAUGCCUUCGACGAACACUACGGCGUGAAUGCCAUGGCUGGAUCCAUGACCACCGGCAUCUUUCUCAUCGGCACUGGUGUGGGUUCGCUGUUCGCCGGCCCAUUCUCCGAAACAUUCGGCCGCAAUGCCGUCUACUUCAGCACCAUGGUUGUGGUCCUAUUGUUCAUCAUGGCCAAGGCCCUGGCGCCCAACUACGGCGCCGCCCUCGCCUUCCGCUUCCUGUGCGCCCUGUUUGCGGCCAGCCCGAUGACAGUGGCGGGCGGCACCAUCGGCGACAUCUGGACUCCCAUGCAGCUCCCCUUCGGCCUGCCUGUGGUCACCUUUGCCGCCUACGCGGGCCCCAUCCUGGGUCCUGUGAUCAGCGCCUACACGCCCGAGAUCGGCUUCGCCUGGGCCGACUGGAUCUCCAUGAUCAUGGUCGGCGCCGCGCUGGUCUUUGUGCUGCUCGCCCAACCCGAGACGUUCGGGCCUGUGCUGCUGGAAUGGCGUGCCAAGCAUCUGCGCGAUCUGACAGGCGACAACCGAUAUCAGGCCAAGCACGCGUCAGCCAGCUCGUUCGGCACCCGGCUGCUGACCAACGCGUUUCGACCUUUCUCCAUGGCCUGGACCGAGCCUAUCAUCCUCGUCUUCAGUUUCUACCUCACGCUGUUGUACUUUGUGCUCUUUACCUUCCUGAACGGCUACCCUUACAUCUUCGAAAGGCCGUAUGGCAUCUCCACGAGCUUGACCUUCAUCAUCUGGUCCGCCAUGAUGCCCGGCGUCUUCGCCGCCAUGGCCUCAAUCCCAUACAUAUACCACCUGACCAAGAAGGCUGCCGCGAAGGCGGCCGCCGCGGGCGAAUCCCUGCAGCCAGAGGUGUCCCUGUACUAUUCCAUGGCCGGCGCUUCCAUCCUGAUGCCUGUCUCACUGUUCUGGAUGGCGUGGACAUGCUAUAGCGACAUCAGCAUCUGGUCACCUAUCGUGGCCUCAGGCGUCUUCGGUUACGCCCUGGUGUGCAUCUUCACCACCUCCUACAUGUACAUCAUCUUCGUGUACCUACAGUACGCGGCAUCCGCUCUGGGCUUCAUGACCUUCACGCGCUACGUCAUCUCUGGCGCGCUAAGCCCAGCCUCGAUCGUCAUGUACGACAACCUAGGCCCGCACAUCUCCUUGACCAUCGUAGCCAUCGUCACCACUGUCAUGGCACCCGUGCCAUACAUCCUGUACAUAUACGGCCACAAGAUUAGAGCCAUGAGCAGAAAUGUCCAGAACAAAGCCUAG